ACAAGCGGCUGGAUCGUGCCCUUCUUCAAACUUCAAUCGACAUUUCUUCUCGCUCUCUCGUUAUUCUCCGAUUCCGGCGGAUGAGAAAUAUUAUUGAAAACUUUUCAUUUCGAUGGAUCAUUCCGUGAAAUGCGUGCAUUUGAUUCGGUCUAUCUUCAAUUAAUCGCCGUUUUCGGGUAUAUCUGUUAUUCAUUUGCAGCUCUUGGUUCUUUGGUUCUUGCUCGGUGAGAAUCCGUUCAUUUUUCCUUUUUUGAUGUUUGUCCCUGCUCCGUAUGAUCACUUUUAACGUCAGGAUUGAUAUGCCGUCAUCGGGAAAAUAUUUAGGGAUUUUUUUCAAAAAAUAUGAUAUCAUUCUGCGGCGUUUCAAUGUGUAUAUUGACAUUCAUUCUAUAAUAUAGAUACAAGUUGGAUGUCCAUGGCAGAGUUUUUGAUCUAUGGUAACAAUUUAUUUGGAAAGAUUUAGGGUUUAAGUCUAAUCUUCAACAAAACCCCCCAUUUAUAAGGUUUAAGGGUUUUUGUUGAAACCAAAGUUAAGAUGCCUUCAUCAGACAUUGCAAUUAGUUCAGCUUGGACUGAUGCUACAUUGUCUCCAGGUCACAUAAGUGACCAGGGCGAAUCGAUUAUGAUAUAUGUGUCUAUUUCGGGUAACAUGAUUCCUCUGCGUGUUUUAGAAUCAGAUUCCAUUGAAUCUGUGAAGCUCAAAAUCCAAUCAUAUAAAGGGUUUGUUGUAAAGAAUCAGAAACUAGUUUGCGAUGGCAGAGAGCUUGCAAGAAGUAAUACUCUCAUUGGUGACUAUGGAGUCACUGAUGGAAACAUUAUUCAUUUAAUUCUCCGGUUAUCAGACCUUCAAAUCAUCAAUGUCAAGACCUCAUGUGGUAAAGAAUUCACCUUCCAUGUUGAACUAUCCCGAGAUGUGGGAUAUAUCAAACACAAGAUUGCUGACAAGAAGAAUGCUAGCUCAGUUGAAUUCGACGAAAAUCAAGAAGUUAUAAUUUGUAACGGCGAACAGCUUGAAGAUGGUAGGCUUAUAAAUGAUAUCUCGAAAAGUAAGGACGGUGUUGUUCAUUUGUUUGUUCGAAGAUCUGCCAAGAUCAGAGCUAAACCAGUUGAGAAACAUUUUGAGCUCUCUAUAGUUGCUCCACAAGAGAUAUUUCUUGAGCCAGUGAUUGGAAAUCCAAAAAUUGAAUUACCAUUCAUCAUUUCAGAAAUGAUUGAUUCAACUAUCAGGGGAUUGGAAAAAGGGAAAUACCCAAUCAAAUCUGCAGAAGGAACAGGUGGAGCAUAUUUCAUGCCAGGUGAUGAUGAUGAUGAUGAAUUAGGGUUAGGGAAGCAGUAUGUUUCUGUAUUCAAACCAACAGAUGAAGAGCCAUUAGCUGUCAAUAAUCCACGUUCUCUUCCUCCUUCUGUGAACGGCGAAGGAUUAAAGAAAGGAAAUAGAGUUGGCGAGGGCGCUUUAAAGGAAGUUGCUGCCUACAUAUUGGAUCAUUCAUCGUUCUCUGGAGUUCCUCCAACAACAAUGGUUAAAUGUUUGCACAGAGGAUUUAAUCAUCCUGAUGGGAUCAAAGUUAAAAUUGGAUCACUUCAGAUGUUCAUAGAGAAUCAUGGAAGUUGUGAAGAUAUGGGUCCAGGUGCUUUUCCAGUUGAAGAAGUACAUAAAAUUUCUGUGUUGGAUAUACGGUUGGCUAAUGCGGAUAGACAUGCUGGAAACAUUCUUGUGAAAAAAGAUAAAGAUGGACGAAUAACAAAACUGAUUCCUAUUGAUCAUGGGUACUGCUUGCCUGAUUCGUUUGAAGAUUGUACAUUCGAGUGGCUCUAUUGGCCACAAGCUAAGAAACCAUACAACCAAGAAACUGUCGAAUACAUAAAUUCUCUCGACGCAAAAGAAGACAUCGCCCUUUUGAAAUUUCAAGGGUGGGAUAUACCCAUUGAAUCUGUUCGUACUUUACGAAUAUCCACAAUGCUUCUAAAGAAAGGGGUGGCGAGAGGGUUCACUCCAUAUACGAUAGGGAGCAUAAUGUGCAGAGAUUCUUUGACAAAGGAAUCCAUGCUUGAAGAAAUUGUGCAAGAAGCAGUUGAAUCUAUGUUAAUUGGAUCAAGUGAAGAUGAUUUUUUCGAAGCUUUGUCUCGUGUUAUGGAUCGUCGACUCGAUGAAAUAGAUCGGUAAGUUAAUCUCGAAAAAAUGAUAUAAUGUUUGGUUCUUUAUCGGUAAUUUUGAGAGCUAAGCUAUAAAGGACUAUAAAGACUAAAUUGUAUUAUCAAAAGUAUAAAUUCAAGUGUUGCGUUUAAA